GGUGCUCACCCGGCGUAGUCUCCAUCCUUACACGUGCCCAUCUGCGCCUCUAGUGAAUUGUUGCCCAUAAGGUUAGAGGGAGGGAAAGCCUCGGGAGGAUGGCCGUGGCACUGCUGGAGGACUGGUGCAGGAUCAUGAACGUCGACGAUCAGAAAUCUCUGAUGGUCACGGGGAUCCCGGUGGACUGUGAGGAAGCUGAGAUUCAGGAGGUUUUCGAGGAAACUUUACAAUCUCUGGGCAGUUACAAGCUGCUUGGCAAAAUAUUCAGGAAGCAGGAGAAUACCUAUGCCGUCUUAUUAGAGCUACUGGAAGAUACUGACGUAGCCCUGAUUCCCACUGAGGUGCAGGGGAAAGGGGGGGUUUGGAAAGUGGUCUUUAAGACCCCUAACCAGGACAUGGAAUUUCUGGAAAGACUGAACCUCUUUCUAGAAAAAGAGGGACAGACCGUCUCAGGGAUGUUCCGGGUCCUUGGGUAUGAAGGAGUGUCUCCAGCUGCGGUGCCUCCUGUGUCACCAGAGUUAUUGGCCCAGUUGGUGGGACAGGUGAUAGCGCAUGCCCCUCAGCCUCUGCUCCCCAUGAGGUACCGAAAACUGAGAGUGUUCUCGGGGAGCACUGUGCCUGGCCCCGAGGAAGAGCCCUUUGAAGUCUGGCUGGAACAGGCCACUGAGAUAGUUAGAGAGUGGCCUGUAGCAGAGGCAGAAAAGAAAAGGUGGCUGAUGGAGAGUCUGCGUGGUCCUGCCUUGGACCUCAUGCACAUAGUGCAGGCAGACGAUCCAUCCAUAGGUGUGGAGGACUGUUUGGAGGCAUUUAAGCAAGUGUUUGGAAGCCUGGAGAGCCGCAGAACCUCCCAGGUGAAGUAUCUGAAGACCUAUCAGGAGGAAGGAGAGAAAGUCUCCGCCUACGUGUUACGGUUGGAAACGCUGCUCCGGAAAGCGGUGGAGAAACGGGCUAUUCCCAGGAAUAUUGCAGAUCAGGUUCGCUUGGAACAAGUCAUGGCCGGGGCAAGCCUUAGUGAAGUUCUUUGGUGCAGGCUUAGGGAAAUGAAAGACCAGGGCUCCCCUCCCAGCUUCCUGGAACUGAUGAAGAUCAUACGGGAAGAAGAAGAGGAAGAGGCUUCUUUUGAAAAUGAGAAUGCGGAAGAGCAGGAGGAGGGGGAUGGUUAUGGCCAUUGGGACAAUGAGUCGGAUGACUGAAAGCCAGGUCAGGAAUCUGCCCACAGCCUUUGACCCUGAAAU